AUGGGUUUUCCAAAAUUGUCCCUUUUCCUUCUUCUCUUCCUCCUCCUCCUCACACCCCAUUUCUCUGAAUCAUCAUCCUCUUCAGAUUACUCAACUUUGGUCUACAAGGGUUGCUCAAAAAACACUUUCACAGAUCCAAAUGGUGCAUACUCACAAUCUCUUUCAGCACUCUUUGGUUCCCUCGUUUCACAGUCCACAAAAACAAAGUUCUUCAAAACCACAACCGGUAAUGGCCAAAACAGCAUCACAGGUAUCUUCCAAUGUAGAGGAGAUCUCACAAACUCCGAUUGCUACAACUGUGUUAGCAAACUCCCGGUUCUCUCAGACAAACUCUGUGGCAAAACCAUAGCUGCUAGAGUUCAGCUUCUAGGUUGUUACAUGCUGUACGAGGUUGCUGGUUUUCCUCAAAUCUCAGGGAUGGAUAUUCUUUUCAAAACAUGCGGAACAACGAAUGCUGCUGGAAGAGGGUUUGAAGAGAGAAGAGACACUGCUUUCUCUGUGAUGGAAAAUGGGGUUAUUAGUGGUCAUGGUUUUUAUGCUACUAGCUAUCAAUCUAUGUAUGUUAUGGGACAGUGUGAAGGUGAUGUUGGUGAUUCUGAUUGUGGUGAAUGUGUUAAAUCUGCUGUUCAAAGAGCUCAAGUUGAAUGUGGAAGUUCUAUUUCUGGACAAGUUUAUUUGCAUAAGUGCUUCAUUAGUUUUAGCUAUUAUCCCAAUGGGGUUCCAAGGCACUCUUCAUAUGGUGGUUCAUCUUCUUCUUCUUCUGGUUCUUCAUCUUUUACUGGACAAAAUACAGGGAAGACUGUGGCUAUAAUAUUAGGAGGUAUAGCUGGUGUGGCGUUUUUGGUAAUAUGCUUGCUAUUUGCUAGGAAUUUGGUCAAGAAACGUGAUGGUAGAUUAUUGACAGUAGAAGAAGAUGAUGGUUUACUAUGGAGACAAAAUUGUUCUUGA